UUUUUCAUUUUAGUUUUACUCAUGCCCCAUUUUAUACAUUAUACCUUCAUUGAUUGUGGUGGCUGAAUCUCAAAAAAGGAUUGGCCAGGGUUAAUCCCUGCCCUGUCACAAGACUAAACUAAAAAGGGGGUUCAAGAAAAAUCUCUAGAAAAACAAGAAGAAAAGAGAAAGAUUAAUGUACAAAAUUUAAUUGCAACAACAUUUGUCACUAAGAGGGAAAAUAAUUUCGCUUUUUUUUUUUGCUAUUUGACUAACAUCAAUCUGUGGCACUAGAAGAAGAAGAAGAAGAAGAAAAAUGGCAGAUCAAGAACCAUUGAUUGAUGUUGGGAAAUUAAAUGAAAAAAUUCUAUGUUAUGCGCAGACUAUUUAUAGGUUUAAUGGAGUUUGGGAAGGUCCAGAUCCUUUGACACCAAUUAUACCUCUUUUCUUCGUUCAAAUUUCCUUAGCUAUCUUGGUCACCCGUUUUGUCAUCUUUGCCCUAAAACCCACCAAGCAACCUCCUUUUGUUGCUGAGAUUAUCAGUGGCAUCCUUUUAGGUCCUACAGCACUUGGAAGGAUCAUUAAAUUCAGGAGGCUGUUUUUCCCAAACUAUAACUUCCAUGUGAUUGAGACAAUGGCUCAUUUAGCCCUUGUGUUCUAUGGGUUUCUAGUGGGAUUGCAGAUAGAUAUGAAAUCCGUUCUUCGAAUUGGAAUAAAGGCUAGAAAUGUGGCUAUUAUCGGGAUCAUCAUCCCUUUCAUCAUGGGAUCCGUAUUAUAUUUCUCACUGAAUCACGAAGGCGACGCUAGAGGUUUCAUUUUCUAUGGUGGUGCUCUCACUAUUACAGGAUACUCUGUCCUGGCUAAGAUACUUGACAAACAGAAGAUCCUCCAGACCGAUGUAGGGAAAAUGGCCAUGUCUUCAGCUGUAAUCAAUGAUAUUGGUGCAUGGUUUGUUCUGACACUAGGAUAUGUAGUUACAGGGAGUACACCUAAUAUCCAUUGGGCUAUAAUUUGCACAAUUGCCUAUGCAUUGUUCUGUGUCUUUUAUCUCCGUCGUGCCAUUGGCUGGAUGAUUCGGAAAAUGCCAGAAGGACAGGGAUAUAGUGAGUUCUUUAUAUGUACAGUCCUUUCUGGGAUGGCUCUUUCGGGAGUUAUAACGGAUGCUUUGGGGACACACCCUAUAGUUGGAGCUUUUCUCUUUGGACUUAGUAUACCUAACCAAGUGCUUCAAGCAGAAAUUCUCGAUAAGCUUGAUGACUUUGUGAUGGGCAUUCUUAUGCCAACUUUCUUUGUUGUUUGUGGACUAAGAACCAAUUUCGGAGAAAUGGGUAGCAUUUACGAAAUUAUUGGCUACAUAAUUUUGUUUGUUUCAGCCAAAAUCUUGAGCUCAGUUGCUUCCACUUUCUUAUCUGACAUGCCUAUUAAGGAGGCCCUGGCUGUUGGAGUACUUAGCAACACCAAAAGCCUCAUGGCCUUGAUCAUUAUUGAAGCUGGUCAGGCACAAAAGGUUUUGAGCACCCAAUUAUACUCUCUUAUGGUGAGUGGCAUUUUGGUGAUGACGGCAAUGGUCACACCUGUUACUAUGCUCUAUCGUCCCUCGCAGGAAUUAGUGCCCCACAAACGAAGGACUAUACAGAAGGCAAGAAUGGAGGAGGAGCUACGUGUCCUUGCUUGUAUCCAUGGCACACACGAUAUCCCUUCAGUCAUCAACCUACUUGGCUCGUCGAAUUCUACAUCAGCAUCCCCAAUAACUGUCUUUGCUCUCCAAGUAGUAGAACAAGUCGGGCGUGCAUCAUCUAUGCUAGAAGUUCACAACUCAGGAAAACGAGGCUCGCGAAGUCUCGGCCACGAGGAGACACAAACAAGACAGAUCAUCACUGCUUUCGACAAUUAUGAGCUACGAUCAGAUGGAGUAAUGGUACAAGUUCUCACAGCGAAGUCUGCUUUGACCGCCAUGGAUGAAGAUAUAUGCAACAUUGCAAAAGACAAGCGCGUAGCUUUCAUCAUCCUCCCUUUCCACAAACAACGAGGUAUCGAGGGUGAAAUGGAGGAUGUUAACCCUGAAAUUCGGGCUGUCAAUGAGGGUGUGCUAGCUAAUGCUCCUUGUUCUGUGGGAAUCCUCAUCGAUCGGGGCCUCUCUGAGACCAGUGACUAUGCAAAGAAUAUUGUUGUCCUUUUUUUCGGAGGUGCUGAUGACAGGGAAGCUCUCGCUUAUGCUUUAAGAAUGGUUGAUCGUCCAGAUACACGCCUUACCGUGGUAAAGUUCAUUCCAGAUGAAGGUUCUUCUGAUACAGAGCAAACGGAAGGUGCUGAAGAAAGUCAUGUGAAUGUUCAGAUUGACAAAGAGAGUGAAAAGUUGAUGGAUGAAGAGUUCUUGAACAGGUUCAAGAUCAGCACAGCCAAUGACAAAUCAGUAAAAUACAUAGAACUAUUGCUGAAUGAUGUGGAAGAGGCUGUCAAGGCCAUAAAACUAAUGGACCAGCAUAACUAUGAUCUCUACAUUGUAGGAAAAGGCCGAGGUGUGGUGUCACCACUGACGGCUGGUCUGGUUGAUUGGUGUGACUGCCCCGAACUUGGGGCUAUAGGUGAUCUAUUAGUGACAUCCGAAUUCGACUCCACAUUCUCCGUGCUGGUUAUGCAGCAGUAUGUUAAGCCAAUUGGAGAUGGUUCGGUAAAUUCUUAUGGAUCAAUGAGUGAGAGAAUAGCAGGAAUUGGGAUGGAGAUGGACAUGGACAUGCAGCGCGCAGAUAGUGAAUCAGGGGACGUGUUUUCCAGUUUUAGGAGGCGGCCGGAACCUAUGCCACGAGUCUAAACAAAACAAAGUCUCAGCUUUGGCUGAUGACAAACACUUAGAAGUUGAAACUUCAUAUUCAGAAGUUCCCAACAAGUGUAUCAAUGAUGUAUUAGUUUUCACCUGGAAAGGAUUAAUUGUGAUUUAAUGAUGAUGUUUUCAUUAUUUUCAA